AACCACGUGAAGUUGAAACGUGGUGCCUGCCAUAAAAUAAGUUCGUUCGAAGAAGAGUAGACUUUUGGUGAGAGCAGACGCAAGCACCAUGUUGAUUUCAUUAGGAGCAUGGAUUUUGGGCCUUUGUGCCGUACUGGUUGGGGCAUAUGACCCGAUGGAAAACCCUGACCUGCUUCAAGGGGAUAUGGAAUUAACAGAAGAGCAAAGAAAUGCCUACCUUAAUGGAGAGGCGAAUUCAGCAGUUCCUCUUGCAGCUGUAAAGUCAGGACUUUGGCCUAAAGUUAUUCCUUACGAAGUCGACGAAAAACUUGCUAAAGAGCCGAAAGCAGUAGAAGCAAUAGAUGCUGCAAUCGCCGAGUAUCAUCAGAAAACUUGUCUUCGUUUUGUGAAAAGAAAAAAUGAGCAAGGCUACCUUGAUUUUUACAUGGGUAGUGGUUGCUCCUCGCCAGUUGGAUACUAUGGGCAAAGAAGUGGCAUUUCAUUAUCGGACGGGUGUUGGCACAAGGGCAUUGUCAUGCAUGAAAUUGCACACAGCCUUGGAUUUUACCAUGAGCAGAGUAGGCCAGACAGAGACCAUUACGUUAUCAUUCACUGGGAAAACAUUAAACAAAAUAUGAGGUAUAACUUCCAUAAGCAAAAGGCAUCGAAUAUCGACAGCAUGAGCGUGCCAUAUGAUUACAGAAGCAUCAUGCAUUAUGGUCGCACUGCGUUCGGAAGAGGAAAACUUACCAUUGAAACAAGAGACCCUACGAUGCAGAGAGUGAUAGGAAGAAGAUCAGGGUUCAGUGAUUACGACGUACUGCAAAUGAAUCUGCUUUACAAAUGCCCAGGAUUUACAAGACCACCAAAACAAAGCCUGCCUCCAAUUUCAGAAGUUUCUCCCACCACUGCACCAAUAACAGGAGAUUGCAAGGAUAAGACAUACUCGUGUACAUACUACAAAGAAAGAGGAUACUGUACAAGAGAUAUUUUUGUUCAAUAUAUGAGGGAAAACUGCCCAAGAAUUUGUGGAUUCUGCAAGCCAGGUUCAAUAGAGGCUGGAGGAUUGGCAGUUGGUCUAGAUGGUUGCAUUGACACCAUUACCUUCUGCGAUUUCUACGUGAAGAAGAAUUAUUGCACGCAUCCAAAAUUUGGUGAUUACAUGAAGAGGAACUGUCCUUUGUCAUGCAAGUUUUGCAAGCCAGGUGAAAUUACCCAACCUCCACUUGUUACCAGACCUCCAGUUACAGUUCCUUUUACCACCCCUGAUUGUAUGGAUACAAUUCAUUACUGUGAAUGGUACAUGAAAAAAGGAUACUGCACCGACGAUCGAUUUCAAGACUACAUGAAGAGAAACUGCCCAAAGACGUGCGAGAUUUGCAAACCAGCCACGGCCAAGGCAGAGUCAUUUGCGGAUGCUUGUAUGGACACGAUCCAUUUUUGUGAUUUCUACGUCAGAAAAGGAUACUGCACACACUCCAAAUUUGGGGAUUAUAUGAAGCGAAACUGUCCACUCUCUUGUAAACUCUGCAAGAAAGGCGAAGCAACCCAACCACCACUUGUGACAAAGCAGCCAGUGACAGUGCCAUUCACUACACCAGAUUGCAUGGAUACUAUUCAUUAUUGUAUAUGGUACAAGAAAAGAGGUCAUUGCAGCAACGACCAUUUCAAGGACUAUAUGGAAAAGAACUGUCCAAAAACAUGCGGAUUUUGUAAAGCAGACGGUGCUUCAUAUGGUGCCAGCAAUGCAGAUGCUUGCAUCGACACGAUCCACUACUGCCAAUUUUACAUAAAAAAGCAGUACUGUAACCAUCCUAAGUUUGGUGAAUACAUGAAAAGAAACUGCCCACGAUCAUGUAAAUUUUGCGAACCAGGUGUUGCAACGCAGCCUCCACUUGUUACCAGACCUCCUGUUACAGCUCCAUUUACGACUCCAGACUGUAUGGACACAAUUCACUUCUGCAAAUGGUACAAAAGCAAGGGAUACUGCAAGGACGAAAGAUUUGUUGAUUACAUGACAAAGAAUUGCCCAAAGACAUGCGAAAUUUGCAAACCAGAUGGCCCAGACGCCGGAAACCUUGACUCGGGUGUAUUUGCACCAGGAGAGGAUGCCUGUAUGGACACCAUUCAUUACUGCAACUUUUACGUGAAGAAAGGAUACUGUUCCAGCCCACCAGAUGAUCUUGUUGGAGAUUACAUGAAACGAAACUGCCCAUUCUCGUGCAAGUUUUGCAAAAAAGGUGUAGCAACACAACCACCACUUGUUACAAGGCCGCCAGUCACAGUUCCCUUCACUACCCCAGACUGCAUGGAUACGAUCCACUUUUGCAACUGGUACAAAAUGAAAGGAUACUGUACGGAUGACAGAUUCAUGGACUACAUGACAAGAAACUGCCCAAAAACAUGUGAGAUGUGCAAGCCAGAUGUAUACGCCCCAGGAGAAGAUGCAUGCAUGGAUACCAUUCAUUUCUGCGACUUUUACGUCAAGAAAGGAUACUGUUCCAGCCCACCAGAUGAGCUUGUUGGAGAUUAUAUGAAACGAAAUUGCCCACUGUCAUGCAAGUUUUGCAAGAAAGGCGAGGCAACACAACCACCACUCGUCACCAGACCACCUGUCACAGUACCAUUCACAACCCCAGACUGCAUGGAUACGAUACACUAUUGCAAUUGGUAUAAAAAGAAAGGUUACUGCACAGACGACAGAUUCAUGGACUACAUGACAAGGAACUGUCCCAAGACUUGUGAAAUGUGCAAAGCAGGUGCAUUUGCUCCAGGAGAGGAUGCAUGCAUGGACACCAUUCAUUACUGCAACUUUUACGUCAAGAAAGGAUACUGUUCCAGCCCACCAAAUGAUCUUGUUGCAGACUAUAUGAAACGAAACUGUCCCUUAUCGUGCAAGUUUUGCAAAAAAGGAGAGGCCACGCAGCCUCCACUCGUUACCAGACCUCCAGUGACAGUCCCUUUCACCACACCAGAUUGUAUGGACACCAUUCAUUACUGCGCCUGGUAUAAGCAAAAAGGAUAUUGCACAGAUGACAGAUUCAUGGACUACAUGACAAGGAACUGUCCCAAAACCUGUGAAAUGUGCAAAGCAGGUGCAUUUGCUCCAGGAGAGGAUGCAUGUAUGGACACCAUUCAUUACUGCAACUUUUACGUCAGGAAAGGAUACUGUUCCAGCCCACCAGAUGAACUUGUUGGAGAUUAUAUGAAACGAAACUGUCCCUUAUCAUGCAAGUUUUGCAAAAAAGGAGAGGCCACGCAGCCUCCACUCGUCACCAGACCUCCAAGGACAGUCCCUUUCACCACACCAGCUUGUAUGGACACCAUUCACUACUGCAAAUGGUACAAGCAAAAAGGAUAUUGCACAGAUGACAGAUUCAUGGACUAUAUGACAAGAAAUUGUCCAAAAACUUGCGAGAUGUGCAAAGCAGGUGCAUUUGCCUCAGGAAAAGAUUGUAAGGACAUCGUUCCUAACUGCGAUUUGUACAAGCUAAAUGGAUUUUGCUCAGAUGAAAGAUUCAUAGAGUUUAUGAGAAGAAAUUGUCCAAAAACUUGCGAUAUGUGCAAAUCAGGAGUUUUCGCCCCUGGUGAAGAUGCAUGUAUGGAUACUAUUCACUACUGCGACUUUUAUGUAAAGAAAGGAUAUUGCUCAAGGCCUGAAGGUGGUAUUAUUGGCGAUUACAUGAAACGAAAUUGUCCCUUGUCUUGCAAAUUCUGCAAAAAAGGUGUUGCCACGCAACCACCACUUGCCACCAGACCUCCAGUUACAGUUCCAUUUACAACACCAGACUGCAUGGAUACAAUUCAUUUUUGCGAUUGGUACAAGAAUAAAGGCUACUGCACAGACGAUAGAUUUAUGGACUACAUGUUCCGAAAUUGUCCCAAAACAUGUGAUAUGUGCAAACCAGAUGUAUUUGCAUCAGGAAAAGAUUCCUGUAUUGAUACAAUCGGACACUGUGAUUACUAUGUAAAGAAAGGCUAUUGUACACACAAACGAUACGCCAGCUACAUGAAGCGAAACUGUCCUAAGUCUUGCAAAUUUUGCAAACCAGGUGAAGCAACUCAGCCACCUGUAGUGACAAGGCCACCAAGAACAGUGCCCGUUACAACAUCAGACUGCAUGGACAAAAUUUCUCACUGCAAAUAUUAUCAGAAAAAGGAUUAUUGCACACAACAGUUUGUAAACUACAUGAAACGAAAUUGCCCUAAGACAUGUGGGUUCUGCACUCCAGGAGGUACAAAAAGACCAACAAAUGCCCCAGCAACGGGUGUUGUCACGAAUCCCCCUUCGGCAGGAACAUGUGGAAUGCCAGAUAUUGCUCAAAGUAGAGUUAUAGCGGGUGAAGACGCCAAAAAAGGAGCUUGGCCUUGGCAAAUAUUGAUGUUAUUCAUGAACAGCCCUAUGUGUGGAGGAGCGCUCGUUGCACCAAACUGGGUAGUAACAGCUGCUCAUUGUGUGUCCGGGAAGAGCGCAAUGCGAUUCAAGAUCAGGGUUGGAGAGCAUAAAUUCACAGUUUCGUCAGAAGGGAAGCACCAAGAUAUUCAAGUGCAAAAAGUCAUACCACACCCACAAUACUCAAGACAAACUCUGAACAACGAUAUUGCAUUGAUGAAAUUAUCCUUACCUGUAACAUUUGGGAAAUAUGUGAAACCAGUUUGUUUGCCAGACCACGACCAGGAGGUCCCUAUUGGAACAAAAUGCUUUAUAACAGGAUGGGGAAAGAUAAAGCACCCUGGAAGAAUGCAUCACACUUUGCAGCAAGGGAAAAUGCCGGUUGUGAGCAAUGAUAAAUGUUCUAGUCUUAAUACAAAGAACCUUGGAAUAAAGAUAACGGAAAAUAUGGUCUGUGCGGGUCAUGGCGGUUCUACUAGAGUGAGCGGUUGUCAUGGUGAUAGUGGAGGCCCAUUUGUUUGCCAGACUGGACCUAAUGGCAGCUGGGUUCUUCAUGGUGCAGUCAGCUGGGGAUCUGGACGCUGUGAUGCUACACAGGGCUAUACCGUUUUUGCAAGGGUUUCAAAAUAUAAGAAGUGGAUUGAUCAAAUGAUGGCCAGAAACUAAAUUGCUGCUUUUAUUUUACUUUUCAUUACAAUUCAUAAAUACAAUUGAAAUGAAAUUGAAUGUUAAACAAGAUUUGACUUGAAAACAUCUGACAACUACAAAAUUGAA